AGAAUCAACUCGUUCGCUGAGCAUUCAACAAGUGUCUCCUCCUCUCUACUCCUUCAACUUCUCUAACCAACCCACAACAACAAGCAACAUGAAGUUCGUCAUUGCCGUAGUCAUGUUUGUGUGCGCCGUUGCCGGUGCCCAUGCGUCGUGGGCCGCCAUUGCACCCGGUGUCAGCUAUGUGAACUCCGUUGCCCAUGGUGCCGGUGCACCGUGGGGUGGUGCCUGGAACGGUGCCUGGAAUGGUGGCUGGAAUGGUGCCGGUGCCUGGAACGGUGGCUGGAACGGUGCCUGGGGCCAUGGCUGGGGUGCACCCGCUGCCGUUGCUGUCCACGCUAGCGCUGCUCCUUGGGGCGUCAGUGCUCCCGGCUGGCACGGUGGUGUGCCCGGCAUUGCCCUCGCUCAGGGUCCCGCCGGCGGUCACGAGGGUGUCUAUGUGGCCAAGACUCGUGGUGCCGUCCACACUGCUCCAUUGGCCGGUCACGUCAACUCCGCCACCUCUGUGAAUUUGGCUGCCGCACCUGGCACCUUGUAAAUCUCUCUCUCUCUCACUGCCCAAAAAAUUGUCACAAUGCCAAAAUGGAAUGAAUGGGGCAGGAUGAUGAAGAGGACAGCCAAGGAUCAACCGUGCAACUGGCCAAAUCAAUUGUUGUCUCGUCCACACUCUGUCUUCCUUUCUUCCAUACGAUUUCACUGAUUCUACCGGAUACUCUACCACCACCACCAUAACCACAAUCCAUUAUUCUUUAAGCACACCGCUCUUAGUCCCGUUACGAACUGAGGAAUCAUUUGAUGAUUCUUUCAGUGUUUUAGAGAAAGAAAAACAUUAAAAAAAAAAAAAAAUACACACUUACUCCGCACAUUUGAGUUAGUUCUGUGUUCAGCAAAUAAGUCCAACAACAAACAACAACAACAAUUACAACAACUACAACCAACAAAUAACAGCAUGUUAAUUUCUUAUUACUUGAGAACUUUCAAUUCACAAAGCUUUUUCAGCUUUCCUUCUUCUUUUCAAUCCAUCUAUUAAUCUAUCUAUCUAUCCAACUUUGCAACAAUACAAUUUCCAUCUUCUUCUGUCUUUUACUUCCUUUAUUUCAUUCCUUCCUCUCUUUGUACAUAUUCGGUGUAUAUACAUACAUACAUACAUAAACACAUACAUAUCAAUACAUUACUGUAGUAAUUUGCAACAAUUGUAAGAUUGACGAAAAUUGUUUUAAAUAAACUCACUCAACGUUUUUAUUUAAGCGAA